AUGCCCAGGUAUACGGUGCACGUGCGCGGAGAGUGGCUGGCGGUGCCCUGCCAGGAUGCGCAGCUCACGGUGGGCUGGCUGGGCCGGGAGGCCGUGCGGAGGUACAUCAAGAACAAGCCAGACAAUGGUGGCUUCGCCUCGGUGGACAGUGUGAGCUUCCUCGUGCGCCGCUGCAAGGGCCUGGGCCUGCUGGACCACGAGGACCCGCUGGAGGUGGCCCUGGAGGACAACGAGUUCGUGGAAGUGGUUAUAGAAGGGGAUGCCAUGUCUUCCGACUUCAUUCCAUCGCAACCAGAAGGAGUUUACCUAUACAGCAAAUACCGGGAACCCGAAAAGUACAUUGCCUUAGAUGGGGACAGCCUGACCACAGAGGAUCUGGUCAACUUGGGCAAAGGACACUACAAAAUCAAGCUCACCCCCACUGCUGAAAAGAAGGUGCAAAGCUCCAGGGAAGUCAUAGAAAGCAUCGUGAAAGAAAAAACUGUUGUUUAUGGCAUUACCACAGGUUUUGGGAAGUUUGCCAGAACUGUAAUUCCUGUCAGUAAACUAGAGGAGCUCCAGGUCAACCUAGUACGUUCACAUUCUUCAGGUGUUGGGAAGCCACUAAUCCCUGAGAGAUGUCGGAUGCUCUUGGCUUUAAGGAUCAAUGUCUUAGCCAAAGGAUACAGUGGCAUUUCCCUGGAGACUCUCAAGCAAGUUAUCGAAGUAUUUAAUGCCUCCUGCCUGCCCUAUGUUCCAGAGAAAGGAACUGUCGGUGCCAGUGGAGACCUUGCCCCACUCUCUCAUCUUGCUCUUGGGCUAAUCGGGGAAGGGAAGAUGUGGUCGCCGAAGAGUGGCUGGGCUGACGCUAAAUACGUCCUGGCAGCUCAUGGAUUGAAACCAAUAGUUUUGAAGCCAAAAGAGGGUCUGGCGCUCAUCAACGGGACGCAGAUGAUUACCUCCCUGGGCUGUGAAGCUGUGGAGAGAGCCAGUGCCAUUGCUCGGCAGGCUGACAUAGUGGCGUCCUUGACCCUCGAGGUGUUGAAGGGCACCACCAAAGCCUUCGAUACUGACAUUCACGCUGUUCGCCCUCAUCGUGGGCAAGUUGAAGUCGCUUUUCGGUUUCGGUCCCUCUUGGACUCAGAUCACCACCCAUCUGAAAUAGCAGAAAGUCACAGGUUCUGUGAUCGUGUUCAGGAUGCUUACACCUUGCGCUGCUGUCCACAGAUCCACGGUGUGGUGAACGACACAAUAGCAUUUGCGAAGAACAUCAUUACCACAGAAAUUAACAGUGCAACAGAUAAUCCUAUGGUCUUUGCCAGAAGGGGAGAGACUGUUUCUGGAGGAAACUUCCAUGGUGAAUAUCCAGCCAAAGCCCUGGACUAUUUGGCCAUUGGCGUCCAUGAACUUGCUGCAAUUAGUGAAAGAAGAAUUGAAAGGCUCUGCAACCCCUCCCUCAGCGAGUUGCCUGCCUUCCUGGUGGCUGAAGGUGGUCUGAACUCUGGAUUCAUGAUAGCCCACUGCACGGCUGCAGCCCUGGUCUCUGAGAACAAGGCUCUAUGCCACCCCUCGUCCGUGGACUCUCUCUCCACCAGUGCCGCCACGGAGGACCAUGUCUCCAUGGGAGGAUGGGCAGCAAGGAAAGCCCUCAGGGUCAUUGAACACGUGGAGCAAGUGCUGGCCAUCGAGCUUCUUGCAGCCUGCCAGGGGAUAGAGUUUCUACGCCCUUUGAAAACUACCACUCCACUGGAGAAGGUCUAUGACCUGGUGCGCUCAGUCGUAAGGCCCUGGAUAAAAGAUCGCUUCAUGGCCCCAGACAUCGAGGCAGCACACAGACUGCUCAUAGAGCAGAAGGUUUGGGAAGUAGCGGCACCAUACAUCGAAAAAUACAGAAUGGAGCAUAUUCCGGAAUCAAGACCUAUUUCUCCAACAGCAUUUUCAUUGGAAUUUCUGCACAAGAAAUCGACCAAAAUCUCAGAGUCUGAGGAUCUUUAA